UCGCCUCAGCCGCUGCACAGUGCGCCACCACUGUCCCCCCCCAGCGCCUCAGCCGUACGUAGCGCCUGCCUCGGGCCCUCCCUCCCCUACGGGCACAAGUACAAGUACGACAGUCGCCAGCCUGCUUCGAGCUCCCGCCCUCCGCCAUGCGUAUCCUCCCGAACCGCCUGCUGUCUUCCUCUCCAGCACCAGGCGCAAACAUGAAGAGCGAUAGUUCAAUGCGAGCAAAGAACGAUGCGGCGGGCGCUGCAGGGCCCGCGGCGAACGGGCUGGCCCUCAGAGUGGCCAUUCUGCGGGCAAGAAAUCUGGCGGCCAAGGAUCGCAGUGGAACUUCGGAUCCGUACCUCGUCGUAACGCUUGGCGAUGCUCGCGUCGUCACCCAUUCCGUUCCCAAGACGCUCAACCCCGAGUGGAACGUCAUCGAGGAGCUGCCCAUAAGCUCCGUACAAAGCCUGGUGGUGGGCGUCAUAUGCUGGGACAAGGAUCGCUUCGGCAAGGAUUAUCUGGGCGAGUUUGACCUGGCCCUCGAGGAGAUCUUCCAGCCGGAAACCGCCGAGCAAGAGCCGCGCUGGUAUCCUCUCAAGAGCAAGCGCCCCGGCAAGAAGACUAGCAUCGUUUCUGGCGAGGUGCAGCUCCAGUUCACGUUGCUCGACACCACAAACCCCUCCAUCUCCAACCAGGAGCUGUUUGAGAAGUUCUACAACCUGAUCGGCUCAGUUUCCGUCUCCUCUCGGAACGUUACCCCAACGGAGACGCCAUUGUUGACCCCGAGUGCGGCGCGCUCAGGAACCACCUCGUCAGCCGACGGCGUUGGAGACGAAGACGACGAUGAUGACCUUACCGAGCUCGAGGAAGACAUUGCCGAUGAAAAUGAUACCGAGGACCCCUCAAAGCCGGAGACGGCCGAGAAGCGCCGGAGACGGCUCCGCAUCAAGAGCCUGAAGAAGAAGAGGCGACAGAAUCCCUACGCUUUUACCAAUAGCGACUCGGACGUUGUCGGCAUCAUCUACCUGGAAGUCAGCAGGAUUACAGACCUCCCACCCGAAUCGAACUUGACGCGGACCGGCUUCGACAUGGAUCCGUUCGUCGUGGCGUCCCUGGGCAAGAAAACAUAUCGCACCAGGCGGGUUCGACACAACCUCAACCCGGUCUUCAACGAGAAGAUGAUCUUCCCGGUGCAGAACCACGAGCAGCAGUACUCGUUUGCCUUUACCGUCAUCGACCACGACAAGUACUCCGGCAACGACUUCAUCGCGUCUUGCUACCUACCCGUCCAGACGCUUAUAGAAAAAGCGCCCAAGGCGAACCCAGAAACGGGGCUGUACGAGGUCCGCGCUCCCGAGCCAGAACCUGUGCCGGCACCCGCCAUCCCCAAGACCCGUCUUCAGAAGCUGGGCGUGUCCCGUUCCUCGUCCACGCAGAGUCUGAGCAAGUUGAUGCGGUCGCAGACGGCCCCCGUUCGAUCCAACUCGACAAACGGCUCUUCCUCACUCACAGUCCAGGGCGACGGGAUCGCUGUGCAGCCCGGCACCACGCCGUUGGCACCUCUGGAUGCCCUCGCCCCCGGCGUUGACGCUCCGGAGCCGGUCUCGGAGAUGGACGAUCCCGACCUGGCAGAGUACGCUCUGCCGCUGAAGAUGAAGAAUCUGGAAAAAUGGGAGAGCAAGCAUAAUCCCGUCAUCUAUCUCAGGGCCAAGUACGUGCCGUAUCCGGCUCUGCGUCAGCAGUUCUGGCGAGCGCUGUUGAAGCAGUACGACACCGACGGCAGCGGUCUCAUCAGCAGGAUUGAGCUGAGCACCAUGCUCGAUACUCUUGGUUCCACAUUGAAGGACUCGACAAUCGACAGCUUUUUCCAGCGCUUCCCUCACAAGGCUGCCGACAACGAGGACUCGUGGGAGCUCACCUUUGACGAAGCUGUUUUGUGUCUUGAAGAUCAGCUGCAGGCCAAGAGCAGGUCUGGCAACAAGACCCCCGGCCUUGAUGUCAAGAGCCUCAGUCUCUCCGGAAAGUCGUCUGGGGACUCUAGCGGACAGCAGGGCUCCGAGGGCUCAGGCCACUCCACGCCCCAGAUCACGGUCGACCCGCCACCGGGGGCGACGAUUGGUCCCGACAUGACCACGACACCCAACGAAGACGGAGAGGAGGGGUACUUUGACAGAGAGGAUUCAAAGGAAGAACACGUGGUGGAGAUUCGCGAGUGUCCCAUCUGCCACCAGCCUCGCCUGAACAAGCGCAGCGACGGCGACAUCAUCACGCACAUUGCGACGUGCGCCAGCCAGGACUGGCGCCAGGUCAACACGGUCCUCGUGGGAGGCUUCGUGACGGCGAGCCAAGCGCAAAGGAAAUGGUACUCCAAAGUCAUCACCAAGAUCUCCUACGGCGGGUACAAGCUGGGCGCCAACUCGGCCAACAUCCUCGUCCAAGACCGUCUCACGGGGCAGAUCAACGAGGAGAAGAUGAGCGUCUACGUGCGGUUGGGCAUUCGGCUGCUCUACAAGGGACUCAAGUCGAGGGACAUGGAGAAUAAGCGAAUUCGGAGGAUGCUGAAGAACCUGAGCAUCAAGCAGGGCAAGAAGUUUGACGACCCUGCCUCAAAAGAUGAGAUUGAAAAGUUCAUCGAUUUCCAUCGGCUGGACAUGUCCGAAGUCUUGCUGCCAAUUGAAGAGUUCAAGAACUUUAAUGAGUUCUUCUACCGUGCGCUCAAGCCCGGGGCCCGCCCUUGCUCUGCGCCGGACGACCCUCAUAUCAUUGUGUCUCCAGCAGAUUGCCGAUGCGUCGUCUUCAACCAGAUUUCGCAGGCGACCAAGAUCUGGGUCAAGGGCCGCGAUUUCAACAUGAAGAGACUUCUUGGAGAUGCGUAUCCAGAGGAUGUGUCGCGGUACGAGAACGGCGCCCUGGGCAUCUUCCGACUGGCUCCCCAGGACUACCACCGAUUCCACAUCCCCGUCGACGGCGUCCUGGGCAAGCCCAAGACGAUUGAGGGCGAGUACUACACGGUCAACCCGAUGGCGAUUCGCUCGGCGUUGGACGUGUACGGCGAAAACGUGAGAGUGCUCGUGCCCAUUGACAGCGAGUGUCACGGGCGGGUCAUGGUCAUUUGCGUAGGAGCCAUGAUGGUGGGCAGCACGGUGAUUACGCGCAAGGAGGGCGAGCGCGUGCAUCGAGCCGAGGAGCUGGGCUACUUUGCCUUUGGCGGUAGCACGGUGCUGUUGCUGUUUGAGCCCGGCAAGAUGCGGUUUGACGACGACCUGGUGGACAAUUCCAACGGAGCCCUCGAGACCUUGAUUCGUGUUGGCAUGUCGAUUGGCCACUCGCCGAACACAGGCCAGUGGACUCCUGACAUGCGCAAGGAUGAGCAGGACAUCACGGAAGCCGACAAGCAGGACGCGAAGCGACGAAUCCAGGGCAGCGGCGCGCUGGAGGAGGAAUCGCCCGGCGACAGCGGUGAUGAGGACCGGGGAAAGAAGCGGACGUCGCUUCCGCCCACGGUCAACACGCUGGCAGCCUCAGCUUUGUAGAGAAAGGACGGCCAUGGCCGGUUCAGAGCAUGAAGCCAUUGUACACUGGAGUUGCGAGCCUUGCUGUCAUUGGAUACACCUUAUGAAUUCAAGAUUUAUUAUUCGAUGUAACUCCGUUUCC